GCAGAGCGGCUUCCGGUCGGCCUGAGGCAGCUUCCGGUCGGCGAGAAGGAAGGCGGCGGGGGGGGGGGGCGGGGAGAGGAGCCGCCAUGCCGGAGAUCCCACUAACCCGCGUCGUGUCCGUCACAAGCGCCGACCCGCGGCACCCGGCGGAGAACCUGCUGCGGCCGGACGACGGUGGGCGCUGGAGGGGGGCGGCGGCCGGCGAGAAGCAGAUCAGCGUCGUGCUGGAGCUGGGCCACGCCAGCCCCAUCCACUCCCUGCACAUCGGCAACGACGGCUCGGCCUUUGUGGAGGUGCUGGCGGGGACGGCGGCCGGCGGCGACUUCCAGGUGCCCUUUGACCUUUGACCCCUGACCCCACCAUGCCCCCCCAACCCCCUCCCGCCCAAGUGACCUUCGACCCCCCCAAAAAACCACCCAGAAACCCCCCAAAUCCCCAAUAACCCCCCAAAACCCUUCCCCCACCCCAAAAACCCUCAAAAAACCACCAAAAACAA